AUGGCGUUCCUUCCCUCGUUGUCUCUCAACGCCCGUGUCGUCAUUGUGGUGCCUCCAUGCCUGACGAACCUGCUGGUUCUUCAGAAGGAGGAAGACGAAUCUCAAGUGAACUGCCUUCUCGUCUUUCUUUUCGUCUACUCUUUGUCCUUUCAUCAGAACCUGCCGCAAUCUGCUCUCCGCCGCCGCCAUCUGCUCUCUGCCGCCGCCGCCGCCGCCGCCGCAGCCAUGGAAUCCGUUGUUGAGACGGUUUCCUCCUCCGCCGCCUGGGUUCUUGGCGUGACCCUGGCCAUCGCCAACGCCUCGUUCGCCUGGAUCUCCUCGUGGAUCCCGGUUUUGUUGGUCUUCGACAUGGUCGCGACCUCCUGGCUGGUUUGCCAUACUUUGGUCAUCCACCACCUCAUCCCCGCCGCCCGCGACGUUCCCCUCUGGACCCUCCGCCCGCCCUCGGAGCUCGUCACCGCCUACGCCCUCUUGGGUAUUUACGUCUUCGUCCUCUUUCACACAGCCGGCUGCCUGGUGUCCCUUUGGUGGUAUUCGUUCGGUAUUAUCCGACGGGGGUACCGGAUCCCCAAAGGCGCUGUUACCUGCCGAAAGAUGGUUAUGCAGACCCUGGCCGACGCCGACGAUUCCCGGUACUGGUUCGACCUGGGGUUCCGACCCAACCUCUGCCUUCGCUGCUCCCGUAACGCCGACUUGGAAGGUGGGGAGGGCCCUGGGUCGAUACUGGACCGGAUGUACCACGGCACGACGAACAAGGGGGUGGAUUUGGGGUGCAUCGCGCUCUUUGACCACUAUUGUUGGUGGUUAUGGUGUCCGGUCUCCUUGGAGACUCAGAAGCCAUACCUGCUCUUUAUGGGUUGGGUUGUGGUCUUCCACCUCUACUCUUUGGGGAUUCUCUGCUUCUCACUGUCGUCCUUUGGAACCAGGUGGUCGCUGUCCCCAGUUGUCGUGGCUGCCGGAGCCCUUCCCUUCGUAUUCCUGUGGGUGAAGAAGGCGCCAUUCCGGGGUCAAUGGGUUAACCAGGGACUUCGGAACCAGACGCACAAAGAGACGACGGCGUAUAUCCGGAACCUCCCCCAGCAGGCAUGGCCGAUGGGGAUUGCCGGGCCUAACGGCUUGGAGCAUGUGACGGUCGGAUUUAACCCGUGGGAUCUCGGCGCAAUGGGAAACCUGCGCGCGGUGCUAGGCGACAGCAUCUGGGAGUGGCCUUUCUUCUGGCGUACCCCUCGCAGGGUGCGGGAAUUCGGAGGAUUAGGCUGGCCGGGGGUCGGCGACUUGAGGUCGGUUACUCGCCUCGUUGCGCCCUGGCACACGGUUGGCGGUCGGUUACGCGCCCCUCCGUGA